CAGGUUUUCGUGUGAUCCCGCAGAGUUUGAAGUCCUUUCGUCUGGCGAAGCACGUACAAUCUGUUAACGUUGUACAACUAUCACUUGUUGGCCUAACCUACCCUCUAUGCUUGAACAACCUUCGGUUAAUUCGGCGACACAGCGACUCGCUCCCAGACGUCAAACUAUUGAGGAUGCGUACUCACCACCGGCAAACUUUUUGGAAAUAGACGUUUGUCGUCCUCUAACUCACGGUGAGGGGAAGAACAGGUAUACGGACUAUGAGGUUAAUGUUCGGGUAAUUAAUUUUUCAGUGAUGAUACCUGGUUUACAGACUAAUUUACCGAUUUUCGCCUUAAAAGAGUCAUCUGUUCGGCGGCGUUAUAGCGACUUCGAAUGGCUACGUAAUGAGCUCGAUCGCGAAAGUAAAAUCGUUGUGCCUCGACUUCCCGGCAAAGCGUGGAAGCGUCAGCUACCUUUCAGGGCGGAUGAAGGCAUUUUCGAUGACGACUUCAUUGAGGAGCGUCGAAAGGGAUUGGAAGGUUUUAUCAACAAGGUUGCGGGACAUCCUUUGGCACAAAACGAGCGCUGUUUGCACAUGUUUCUUCAGGAUAAGGUAAUCGACCGCAACUAUAGGCCUUGCAAAAUGCGAAACCUCUGACGAUCUGCAUCAACGAAACUUGUUCCAUUGCCCUGUUGUGAUCAGUAUUCACCGCAUCAGUCCCUUCGUGCUAUGUUCUCAUGCAUAUUGUCCAUUUGAUUGGUUUUAUCCCACCUUACUUUUGAUUUCCCUUCUCUGUACCAUAUAGAUUUCCCUGGUUAUUGAUCUUAAAAGGUGACUGCUCUGUUGACCUGCUUCGUUGGUAUCGAAUGUCUACAUCCCGUUUUUUGUCUCCUACGCUCACUUCUAUUUAACUUUGAUGUCCAGCUAGUCUACACGAAUUAAGUGCAUUGAAGAAUCAUCUCUAUCCAUUAUAUUAUUUUUU